AGAAGUCCCCUCGCUCCCUAUUAAAGUAGUCGAUUUUAAAUAAAAUAGUAGCAAAGUGAAUGAAAUCUUUGGAAUUUUAUUCAACUUUUUAUGUAAAAUGUCGACAAUUUGUUGUUGUGGGUGCUGCACGGUGCAAGUUAUGACAAAUUUGAUUGCAGGAAUCAGCACAGUGUACAAAAGCUCCGUAUGGGUAAAUUUCAUGAUCAAGCAUCCCGACGAUGUUUUGAUCCCUUACUUCCAUGAAUACCGCGGCUGGUACAUCGCGCUCGUUUCUAUCCCGCUUAUCAUGGGGCUUGUCAACUUCAUCACGGCUAGUCUCCUGGUACAAGGGUGCCGUUUGCGUAAUUACCGCUUAAUCCUUCCCUGGCUGGUGUGGAGCUACGUUUCCAUUUUCCUUCUCACCAUCGGAAUUCUAAUCAUUUGCACAAUCACGAUCAUCGCGGAGGAGGAAUUAUUCUCCGGACUUUGCAUUCUCGCCGUGGGCAUCAUUUUCCUGGGAGUGCAGAUUUAUUGUGUUUUCAUGGUAAAAAAGUUUGUCCACAUUUUAAAAAGAGAUGCCGCCGUUGAUUUUAACGAAAAUUGUAGGUUGUAAAAAUAAAUAGAUAUUCUUUAU